AUCAUCCCUACGUGAAAUCCGAUUCGAAAGUCACGUUCACACAGUUGUCGACAAUCCGAUUCGACCAGCGAACUCUACAUUUGCUCUACACAACAGACGAGAUUGGCGAAAUUUGCUGCUUGGUAGGUGGGCAAAUUGUGGCAAAAUAUGUAUGAUAGAUCAAGUUUACAUACGGUUUGCAUUUUCUAACAUUUUCAAGCCAAUGAUAGAGGCAGCAUCGUGUCACAUGAUGAAAAAUGCAGGGCGUAUAAACGGCAACAAAUGCAAGCACGUCACACGAUCGCCUAAAUGUGGAUCAGCCUCGGUUCAUUUUCGACGUUGUAGUUUUGAUCGUUGCCGUGUAUGGCUGCAUGGCAUUUCAAGUACGUGUGCUAGUUGCUGGUCUAUGACUUGCUGUUCUAUUCCGAUCUGCGUACUUUUUAAGAUCGUGUCUAAUCGGACAGAAAAAUGUUUCCAACUAAAUAAUGUUUAUAAUUAUAAAACCCACGUAACUCGUGUUGAUGGUUCAAUGUGAUGUAUCGAGUAGGAGGUACCACCGAUUAAUGAGAUUACAAUACCCCGUUCUGAAAUUAUUCUAAACAAAUAAACCUGUGAACUUCCCAUCAGCACUGUGAGGCCAAAAUCUUUCAGAAGUCUGUCCUUAUAGGCUGCAAUGGAUACUUCUGAGGAGCCAACCAGUCUGCAAUCUAUUUGUCAUCUGCGUGCAUCAGAAUUGUUUCCAAAACAUACCGUGGAAACUGAGGACCCAUCUUUAACUAUUCCAUUCACCCCACUCAGUGGGGAAUCUGUUUUGGCACUUGGGCGAACUUCGGAUGGCAUAUUGGCUCUUUCCAACUAUCGUUUAUACUUACAAUUGAAUCAAUCAAACUAUAACAUACCAUUGGGUCUUAUCGAACAGCUCGAAGUGAAGGAGAUAUUUUUUUUACAUAUCACUUGCAAAGAUGCACCUUCAUUAAGUUGUGCAUUUUCUACCAAUGAGCAUUGUUUGGAAUGGUUUAAGCGUUUGCACAAACUUACUUACCCAAGAAAAAGCAUAGAAGAUAUAUUUGCAUUUUCAUAUUAUGCCUGGUGUAUCGAGGAGGGCAAAGAUUUUCCACGAUUAGGAAAAGAUCUUUCUUCCUACACAACGGCAUUUCAAUCUGAAGUAGAACGUUUGAAAUUCAAUCUCCAUGGAACCUGGCGUAUUAGUCAAAUAAAUGCAGACUACAAGAUGUGUCCGUCGUAUCCUCCACAGCUUCUGGUUCCAGCUUGUAUUACGGAUGAAACUCUUGAAGAUGUGGCUAAAUUUAGAAGUUCCAGACGAAUCCCAGCGGUAGUGUGGAGACAUAUUAAUAAUGGAGCAGUAAUAGCUCGUAGCAGUCAACCAGAAGUUGGAUGGUUGGGAUGGCGAAGCUCUGAAGAUGAAGAUCUGCUUAAAGCUUUAUCAGAUGCAUGUUCGUAUGACAGAGGAGAAUCAACCAUGAUUGAUCCUCCAGUUGGUUAUUCUGAUACUCCAGAGACAAAAAUCAACUCCCCCAUAAACAAGAAAGUACUGAUUGUCGAUGCAAGGUCCUACACAACUGCAGUAGCAAACCGAGCACGUGGGGGAGGUUGCGAAUGCCCUGAGUAUUACCCUAGUUGUGAUAUUCAAUUUAUGAAUCUUCCCAAUAUACAUUCAAUACGCAAAAGUUUUCAUGCUGUCAGACAGCUAUGUGCUUCUGAUGCAGAUCAACCAAACUGGCUGAGUUUGCUGGAAGGGACUCGGUGGUUACAGCACAUGUCAGGCUUACUAAGAGCAGCUGUCACCGUUACGUCUGCAAUCGAAAGAGAUCAAAGACCAGUACUAGUUCACUGCAGCGAUGGGUGGGAUAGAACCCCACAGAUUGUUGCUUUGGCCCAGUUGUUAUUAGAUCCCUAUUAUCGUACAAUAGAGGGCUUUCAAAUUCUCUGUGAAAGAGAAUGGCUUGACUUUGGUCAUAAAUUUGCGGAUCGGUGUGGCCAGACCAUUGGCUGUGACGAUCCUAAUGAACGCUGCCCUGUGUUUUUACAGUGGUUGGAUUGUGUACAUCAACUGAUUCGUCAAUUCCCAUGCAGCUUUCAAAUGUCACCUGAAUAUAUUGUGAAACUGGCACAACAUACAUAUUCACAGCUCUUUGGAACAUUCCUUUGUAAUAACCGACAAGAGCGACUACAGCUCAGAGUGCGUGAUCGUACAUUUUCUGUUUGGCGCUUUUUGAACUCGAAUUCUUUUGUAAAUUACCUUUACUCACCUUCAAAGAACCAGGUACUUUGGCCCCGCUGUAAUAUCCGCGAUCUUGUUUUGUGGUCCGAAGUUUAUUUGGGCUCUAUGGUGACUUCAACUGGAGAUAAUAAUAAUAAACAGAGGGUUGGCAUGAUUGAUAUUGAAGGUGGAGAAGGAGAGGAACCACAAAGUCAAAUGACAAAAACACGGUCGUACGGUGACUUGAUACAUGCUCAAGACCACACGACAUACCCACAUAGAAGACUAAGCGACCCUAGUAUAACAGAAAAAAAAUUCGACUCGAUGAACUUCGAGAAUAAUGAUAAAAUUGAUAAAACCACGUUAAGUGACAGUAUUCAGACAGUGCAUGAAAACACAGUUGAAAAUGUAAAUUUAAGGAGGGAUUACAAGGCUGAGAUCCCGAGUGGGUCACCUGUGAAUCCUUCGGUUGACAGCUCUACAGAUACCCUUAUACCAAAUAACGAUUCUGUGAAUAAUACUGUAGAUGUACAAAAUGAUACACCGCAAAAAACUCCGGCUGAAGAACCGUUGCUGACUUGGGGAGAAGCAAAUCAUGCUCGUAGUUCUUGUAAUUGCAACCGAGGUCACGAUGGAAGUGAUAUCAGUGACAUAAGUGCUCCUCUACUUUCAAGAACUCCGAGUAGCGCUUGUCCUGCGUCACCAAUUCAUCACGACAUUGCACUUGAAAAUCCUGAUAGACUAGACGAUGUUGAUGGCUUACCUGUUAUAUACACUGAUGUCCAAAUACGGUUGCAGCAAUUAGCAGUGGAAAGCAAGCUUAAAAUCGAAGCCUUGCGAAAAGAAUUACACACAACGAGGGUAGCCCUAAUUAAACAAGUUUGCAAUCACAACACCGAUAUCGAUCGUAUUGAUGAUAUUGGAUCUCUACCAGAUUCAGUAGGAAGUGCAGGUGAGCAUGGAGAGUCACUUCCUUCUGAUAUGUCUUGGGAAGCUGUAGAUGAGUUGGGCCCGGCACCAGUUCUCUGGGUACCUGAUCACGCGGUCAAUCGUUGCAUGGGAUGUGACACGGAAUUUUGGUUGGGAAGACGUAAGCACCACUGCAGAGGCUGUGGUAAAAUAUUUUGUGCAGACUGUUCGGAAAAUUCAACACCACUGCCAAGUGAACAAUUAUAUAAUCCUGUGAGAGUUUGUAGUGACUGUUUCUCACGUCUGCAUCAUGUAAGUCCCUGCCAGCACACAAAACUCCAGAUGAAAAUUUAUGACAAUGAAAUUGAGCCAGUAUCGAACUCUGAAAUAACAACCUGCCAUAGAAUAAUUACUCCAAUGGCAUCAACAACCAAAACUUUACCAACAAGUAAAGACACUUGCAACAAUUCAGCAAUGACUACUCAGCAAAAAUUGCCUUCCUCACUCACAAUUGCUCCAAACUGAAGUGUCCCCCACCCUUUUCUGAUAAAUCUGAUCCGCAACUGAUUUUUGUUAAGUUAGGGUAAAUUUAUAGCGCUGUAUUAUAUUGAAUAUAAUUAAUUUUUCAAAAUACAACUAUAUUUAGACAUGGUUGUUAGCGGAUUUAUACAUAAUUAAGUUUAUAUAAAUAAUAUGGAAAGAAUAAACUAGGUUUAUAAGUGAUGUAAUAUUUAUUAAUAGAAAUAAUUUAUACAAAAUGUAUAAAUAUGCAAAGACAGCAGAAGAAGAAGAAAGAAAAAAGAACGUUUUUAGGGCAAUGGUAUUAUAAUUAUACCUAAAUUAUUGAUUGCAUCCGAUUGGCGAUUCGCUAAAAAUUUUAAGUUGUAGAAGACAAACUACGAUAUGGAGACAAGGAGAUUAACUCUCCCCAGUAAGGCAUGGUGGCUGCACACUAUUUGGAUAGGCUGUGAAAGAUGUCUAGUAAUUGGACACUAAUGAAAGAAUCGCUAAUAAUUGGUAACAAUAUUACUGUUAUAAUAAAAAUGUAUUUAUAUAUUACUAUGUAUUAAUCAGAAUAUUAAAUGUCACUAUGGUAUUCCAUAUCUGUAUCAUAAUUAUUUGUAUUAUACCGAGGUGCCAGCAACAUCGACAUGUUAUGUUAUUGUAGAGCAAUUGUUUGAUUUCAAAUUAUAGAAUCAAUUACAUUGCAGUGCACUAUAACUGUAGAGGAUAAACAAAGUGUGAAUAUAAAAUGAGGUGGAUAACUUGGUGUGAUGAAAAUAAUAAACUUUGAGAUAUCGGUUUAAUACAUUGCAUGGAGUGGCACCAAAUAAAACAUAUCUACGUGUAAUUUAUUAGUGAACGUCGAAUUGUUUAAAAAGAAAGUUUUGUUAUCCUAAAAGAUUUUAUCAAUAAGUUACGUAUUAUGUGAGAUAAAAAAAAAAAAUUAGAAUAGAUAUUUCAUUAACAAACACCACCCAGAGAUAAAUUGCUUAGAUUACACUGUGACGUGUGGUCGCAUGGACUUAUGAUCCAACUUCUUAUCGCAGCAGCCAAAUCAGAUUUGAAUUUCUGUACUUGAGAACACAGCUGAUUGUGUUGACAAAGGUUAAUUAUGGGUAAACGGGAUACAACUGUAAAUACAAUAAUAUCAGGUACGAUUAUUUUUGCGAUACCAACGACAAGGAUGGAUAGAGAUCUAUUGGAAUAAAUAUUGUUAAAUUAAAGAAAAUAAUUGUGGGUUGGUCGUUAAAGAUACUUAGAAUAAUAAAUAACUUAUAAUUUGGUCUUUCGGGUGAAUUUAUGUUAAUAAAGAUUGUCAGUAAACCUCA